AUGACUGAGAUGAGUAAUGACAGGAAGUGUGUAUAUAUAGAAUAUGACAAUCAAAAGGCUGACACACCAGAUGGCAUUAAGAAAAACCCAGAAAGAGAUGAGCUGUAUGAAUCCUACUAUAACAAUAUUGAGGAAGAAGAAAUAGGUGAUGACAUGUUAGACAAUCCUCUGAGCAAUAAUAGUGAUGAUGAAGAUGAUCAAAAGAAGAGUUGGAAAGAAGGUCUUCUAAAAAGGAAUAGUAGAAAUAGUUCACUGGAGGAUUCUCUAUCAGGAGAUGAUAGUGAUAAUAAAAGAGACCUUUAG